AUUAAUUAAUGCAUGACUUUUAUGAUUUAUUUCUUGUCAAUUGUUUAUAAAAUAGUUAGAAAAGAAGGAUUGUGAAUUAAUGUAUAACAACAGAAAAAAGAUCAAUAAAAUUAGGAAUCUUUGAUGUCAUAAGUAAUAAAAUAAAUUUAACAUCCAAUAAUUGGCUUAAAUGUUGAGUAAUUACUUAUUUGCUAAAAUAAUGUUGUAGGUUGCAACAACACUCGCAGAGACAACGUAAAAUAAGAAAAAACUCUACCAUUGUUAUCAUAAAGAAAUUUAGAAAAAUCAGAUUUGAAAUUCCAACAAAAAAUCUUCCAAAUUUUGUGCCAUCAUAGAAUUAGCUGCGAGAGCAAGUUAACACAAAAUUGA